AGACACUAUUUAAACGAUUAUUGGCGAGUCAAGAGGUAUUGGAAAAGAACAGAAAUAAGGACUAGUAUCAAAAAGUGUCCCACCGAGUUAAACGUUGAUGAUCCCGCUGUGAAGGAAUUAGUACCAGAUACAGGAAUGAAGUGUGAAUGACGGCAACUAUUUCGGACUGGACUGCAAGUGGCCCCAUUGAAACUACAGAGGUGCUAAUUAUACGUUUAUUGGUUGAAGAUAUCUGCAAUUAGUAGCUCUUAGAAAAACGUUGUGGUUCUGUUGUGUAACCCUGAUACGAUUUCAUGGUACGAUAACACCCAUCUUUCGGACUGAUUGACGGUGCAAGAGGAAAUGUUCAAUUUGUGAGCAUUCAGGUGGUUUAAUUCGAGCAGAUUAUCAGAAAAACGUGUGGAUGUUCGCAGUGAAUUUGAUGAUAAUCUACCAUCAGGGAGUCUAUUUUGAUUUUUCGAAUAAGCUUGGUCAUUGUACGGAUUAUUUAUAUUGUAAACCACAUAUGACAGUUUAAAUGAAACCGCUGAGUGAAAUUGAAAAGAACAUCAUUUAAGUGAAACACGCGAUUAGAGCCGGUGUUAAGUUUUGCUCGCACGACCGCGUCCAUUGAAGCAGCUCUCGUACGCUGUAACUCAAAAUUUGGUACAGUGCUCUUCAGUUGAGCCAGAGCAUUUGAGUAGAGAGCAGUGGGUGAAAAGCCGUUGACGUUAUUGGUUAAAAGCUGAAAGUUUGCUACUCCAUGCGACUGACUAGCAAAAUGAAAGUAGAUUAGUAUUGGAGUAUUUUAGAGGGAGGAAAAACACACGGCGAAGUGAUAGUAGAUGAUUGAUAAAUGCAAUUAAACAUGCAGCGAAAUACAUAAAAAGCAACGAUUUAUGGAGAAAGAAAUUGGAAUAACUGGAUUCUAGAUUGAUGUACAGAUAGAUACAAAGGUUUAUUGAUUUGAACAAUUGGAUUUAACAAAAUGGAUAGGAUUUCGAGAACGUUGUGUGUGAUUUUCGCGCUGUGCCUGGAACUUACAAUGACUUGUGCGGAAACGAUCGAAUUUCGAAUGUUGGAAGAAAACAUUCCGGGGAUAUAUGUGGGGAACAUCCAAGAAAAAUACAACACCAAUAGGGAUCAGCUCAGAUUUUCUUUGCUCAAAGAUGAUAACAGCCCAAACGAAGAUUUAUUCGCAGUCGACGAAAUUAGCGGCAAUUUGACGGCAGUGCAAUCUAUUGACAGCGAAAGUCUAUGUGAAUUUGUGAUAGACUGUAGAGUCACUCUCCAAAUAGCAAUUCAAACGGAAAGACAAGACGGCUUCUUUGAUGUUGUUUAUUGUGAUGUAGUUAUAGACGAUAUUAAUGACAAUGCUCCUACAUAUUUCCAAGACAGCUACACAUUGCCUAUCACAGAGGCUGUUCUCACAGGAGCUAGCUUCACUUUCGAAGGAGCAAGAGACAUUGAUACUAGUGCUGCAUAUUCAAUCAAAUCAUACUCUUUGGAGCCAAAGGUUCCUGGAGACGCCUUGCCGUUUAGUGUCCGAUUCACCACGAAACUUGAUGGAGGUUCAACUGUUAAACUCAUUGUCAAUGAAAUUUUGGACAGAGAAAUCAGAGACAGUUAUGAGUUUUAUGUUAUCGCAAAGGAUGGUGGCUCUCCUCCGAAGCAAGGUUCAUUAUUUGUUACUGUGACAAUAACUGACACCAACGACCAAUACCCUGAGUUUGACCAGACGUCAUAUUCAGUUCGUGUUAAAGAGGAAGUUGCAAAAGAUGUUGUGAUUUUGACAUUAAACGCCACAGACAAAGAUAUCGGUGCUAAUGGUAUUGUCAGGUAUCGAUUAAGCCCGAAUCAACACACCGAUCAUCUGAAGUAUUUUACCAUGGGGGAGCUAACUGGACAACUCUCUAUCAAAGAGAGGCUUAACUCAACGGACAAAAAAUAUUUCAAGCUCAUUGUUGACGCCAUCGACCAGGGUGAUUCGCCCUUGAUGACGCAAACCUUCGUUGAAGUUACCGUCUUGGACACCUCAAACAGUCCCCCAAGGAUAAAGCAAACCCUCCUACCUAACCCACAAGAAAGUUAUGCCAGUAUCUCUGAGUACGCUAACGUUGGUGCCGUUGUUGCAUACAUCGCCGUCGAAGAUCAAGACUCCGGACGUAACGGGGACGUUGAUUGCGUCAUUGAAAGUAAUGACAUGUUCAAUUUGCCCAAGUAUGACAAUAAGGAAUAUAAAGUUACUGUAGCCAAGUCCUUGGACCGCGAGAUCGCCAUUUCACAUGAUGUGACUGUAAUAUGCAUGGAUAAAGGGGUGCCACCUUUGAGUUCUGAAGCCACUUUCACUGUUCAAAUAGCUGAAGAAAACGAUAAUGCACCGACAUUCAGACAACAGCGAUAUUUUGUUAACAUGGAUGAGAACAAUGAACUUGGUGAUAGAAUUAUAAUUGUGUCGGCCUUCGACCUUGAUUCUGGUAUUAACAAGAUAAUCGAAUACUCCUUGGAUAAGAAAGCUGCUGAGUAUGCUUUCGUCGACCCAGACACAGGAGAAAUCAUGGCCAACAAAAUAUUUGACAAAGAGUCUAAGGACGGGCAAGGGUUUUCAUUAACGGUUUACGCCAAGGACAAGGGGGAACCAGCCCUUACAGGCACGGCGUCAGUUCUGGUCACCAUACAUGACGUUAAUGAUGAAAAGCCUGUCUUUGACCAGGGACUGUUCAGGUUUUGGAUCGACGAGAACCAGCCCGCGGACUCCUCUGUUGGUAGACUGACAUCAAAGGACAACGAUAUGGGAAGCCACGCCGUCACAAGAUAUGCCAUGAAGCCUGAUGGCACAAUGGUCCCUUUUGUUAUCAUUGAAGAUGGAACUAUCAAGACUGAUCGUGAGCUUGACCGCGAAGAAAGAUCUCAAUACACCUUUGACGUCAUGGCGAUUGACGUCGAGGAUGAGACUUUGUUUGAUACGGCGACUGUGACGGUGUUUAUUUCUGAUGAAAAUGAUAAUGGACCAAUGUUUGAAUAUCCACGUCGUGGAAAUGACACGGUACGUGUUUUGUACCAUACCACACCUGGAACUGUUGUUUGUCGCGUAUUAGCUCAGGACAAAGAUGAUCCAUCAUUGGAUAAUGCCAGAUUACGUUACUCAUUGCAAACGGUGAACUCUACCAGUUUUUUUACCAUCGAUGCUAGUAAUGGAAACAUAAUUCUGAAAGCUCCACUAGAAAACACUGAUACUAUUGACAAAACUUUCCUUUUGACCAUUCACGUUAGUGACUCUGGUGACGUCAAACACACGGCAUCAGCGACGUUACGCGCCGUCAUUGUAGCAGAUAACGGUACUUUACCAGCUAUAGUGGGCAAAGAAAACAAAAACUUCAUCAUCGCCGCUGCUGUCGGCGCUGCCACUGUCCUAAUUUCCUGUGGGAUCAUCGUCACAAUCUGCAUUAUCCGUAACCUUGACUCUCGACGACGUCGGAACAACAAAGGCCACCAAAAAGCCCUGUCCGAAAACAUGUACAGCAGAAAUAAUGAGGAAGUAGACAACAUCUACCCGUUGCCCAUGGAUGGCGACAACGGGGAAAAGAAGCGAAAGGGGGUCAGCUUCUCCCUGGACGGUCAAGGUCACAUUGAAGGUCACGUAGACUGCCAGAUUACACAGAACUCCGAAGAUCAGGGUAACAGAAGCUUCGACCAAAUGCUACUAGAGCCGCCACCACAGUACCAGCAGUUGGUUCCACCGUCGGGGAAGCUUGACGACUGCCACUCGGACAUGUCGGGAGAGAGCAACGGCGACAGCGGCAAGGGCGGCAGCGACGAUGAUCUCCAGAUAAACAACCUAUCCUUCACCAGGGAUGAGGCUCACCGCUCAAAAGACAGAUGGAACAACAGUCGAAUUCCGUCCGGUACAGAACUGAGGUCAUUUCCGACACGCUACUCACAUGGCAACAAUUCCCUUCCGCGACAGAAAAUAGUUCCCUUCUCAUUCAACAAGUCCACGCCGGCAUACAACGGAAACAGCUUGAUAAACAACCUAUCGCCACCGCCGUCGGCAUCUUCAUACAUGAUGCCAACAUUUUACGAAGACGAGAGUCGGUCUUCGUCUGGGUUUCAUAGCAGUAUUGACUCAAAUUCAAAUUUGAAUUUGAAUAAUUUGAGAAGUGGCGGGAAAAUAACUUUGAACCGAGGCAAUAUGCCGGACUGUGUAGUGUGAUUCAAAGGCGGUAGAAAUUGAAACAAUGAUUAUCUGUGAUACAUUUUUAUCUACAAAAAACCUCAACGAGGCUAGCUUUCUGAGCAUUACAUAUAGACUUAUUCAAUGCUCAGGAUUGGACUUUUAUCAGAGACACACAAUUCUCAAUGUGCCAAAUGCAUCAUUUAUGGAGAAAAUCGACGAUUUACAGUAUUACCGACCAAGAGAACUUAUAUGCGCUUCGGGAAUGUUGCCGCCAAUUGAGUGCUGCACGCUUCCCCCAUGGAUCGACGGAAGUUUCCUCGGGCGCCUAUUGGAUAUGUCGUCGGCGGAACGUGCCACUGUGCCGGUGCCGACGGCCUUGACACCCCAUAGUCGCCGCAAGCAACGAUUCUACCUCAGUCCUGAUUUCUGAAAUCACACAUGACGGCGUCCGAGACACCGGACGUCUUUUUUCUGCAAUAUUUUUGUAUUGUGUGGAUACUGGAAAACAAUUUACCCAUUCAACCAUGUACUUUAUUAAGACGGGUUUUUGCAAUGUUGAUUUAGUGCAUAUAUAUGAAAAGAAUGAGUAUUUGCAACGAAGUGAAAUCUAUGCAGAGACUGAAUUAUCGUGAUAAAAGACAGUUCGGCGAAAAUAAAUGUAAUUAUUGUGCUAAUAGUGACACUGAUUGGCAAUGAAAGAAUUUGUAAUGGUGCAUGGAGGAUACAGUAAUUUGUUGGACUGUUCAGCAAAUCGUUCUUUUUGUGUGGAAUUCAUUUGGAUGGAAGGUUGAUAGAACUUGACAAAAAGGCAUGUGCUAAAACAAUAACCACUGCUGGACACAACAAAAAUAACCAAUUAUACUUAUCACAUAACUUAUUUUACAUGGUCAGUCCGACCCUGAUAAGUCUAAUUAAUGUUCCCUUUGAUGUUGCACCGCAGGCGGGUCUUUCAAGUAUACAUGUACAAAGAAAUACUCACUGCAUCCAUAAAUAAUUGUUUUUGCCUGCUGCGCAACCACUCAUGUACUGUGGCCGGUCAUUAUAUGAUAAAUGUUAAGAUACUUAACAACUGGACCGCGCUUGAUAGGUCUGUCAGACCAGGGAUUUUGAUUAAUGACCUUUGAGAUUGUAACAAUUCUUAUUAUUACAAUCACUGCAUGAUACUAUUUCGGUACAUUUAUAUAACAGUGUAAUGACCCACUUUGUACUUCAGAGGACCAAUUGUUUUUUCUUUGUUUUUUCGGAACAUGAAUUUCAACGUAUACACUCAUAAAAUGAAUUGCACUCUUUGUUAUGCAUACGAUGUUGAAGAUGAAACUCAUUUUUUUGCCGAACAUGAAUUUGAACUCAUUAACUCAUAAAAUGAAAUGCACCGUUUGCCAAGCAUGCGAUAUUGAAGAUGAAUUUCAUUUUUUAUUUAUUUAAAUUACACAUGUCUAUCACAUUUGAUCGCUUAUGUCUGAAUGUUGUGACGUUUCGUGUCUGUUAUUUUUACUAAAUAUUGCCAGGAUAUGUUUGAUUGUAUAACAUAUAGAGAGAAAUCCAUGACAAACUAAUGAUAUAGAAAACUCUAUAGACAUGCAUGCAGACAGUCUUCCUUUUUAUAUAUUAGAACUGAAAUUACUUGGUAGUUACAUUUGCAAGAUUUCUGAACAUGCGAUUUGUCUGUAUAAUUAGAAUGAUUUAUGGUAUUAUAUAAACGGGAUCGAUUUGUAUCAUACUAUUAUAUGAAAUGAAAUGAAACUUUUUUCAGUCAGUGCAAUUUUGUGUUCAAUAUGAUAUAAAACUGAUUAGUCAGUAAAUAUGAUUAUGACAUUUUGUUUUAUCUGUAUAUAUAGUAUUUUAUUGAUGACUUUACUAAUAUGUCAUUAAA